AUUACAUGGGCAUUUGCUGCAGAUUGCCUGUAUUGUUCCCACCUUUUUGUAUUGUUCUCAUUGGCAUGCUACGAUGCACAUACCGGGACAUACAGGAGCAAUAUUAUUGUGUGCGCUUCGAAACCAUAUAGAGUUAUAUAAACCUAAACGUAUUUAACUCUAUGUUCGAAACUCUCCCCAUUCUGCGAACGUGCCCCGGCUAAAGCUAGCUGAGCUGACACAGUAAUUUUCCAGUCAUUUUUUUUGGUUGUGCACAGUGCAGAUACUGACUGAUUAACUCAAAUAAGUCAAUACCAAAUAUUUGCUUUACCCAAGCUUGAAGCUCGCUGAUGGUGAAAGUCUAGACUUAGGCUUAGCAACCUUGGCUUUUACUGCAGAAUACCCGCAGGUCUUGGAGUUUCUUUAAUCGGAGUAAAUUGAAUUAAUUUGAUCACAACUAUGCCGGAGGAGAAGAUGAUGACCAACGAAUGGGCGAUGUGGGCGAAUGAGCAUGCAUUCGUCAGUGCAGUUGUUAUGCUGAUGGGUGGAAUAGUUGGAGUGUUUGGAUUUGAUGGAGCAGCAUUUGCCUACUACACCAUAGUUGCCAGUGUACUUGUUAUCAUUAUUGAAUACCCUAGAGGAAUGAGGAGAAAGGGAAGUACAGUUGAAAGAAGAUUUCAGACCAUCUUUCAUCCUGUUUUGCUAACCUUAUCUCCAGUUACAACCAAUUAUUUCAUCAGAUUCAUCUUGUAUCUCCUGAUGAGUGUUCCAUGCAUUUUCCAGUUCCCUACUCUCCUUGGAGGCAUCUGUCUCUUUAUUGCAUCUCUCAUCUACUUCAAGGCUGCUCUUGGCGGUGAGAGCUGGCAAGCAAGCAAGGCCAAAGUCCAGAGAGCUAAGACUCUUACUAACAGACCUCCAGAAAACCCUCCACCACGCCCACCACCACAGGGAGCCCCCAAUGAAGGCUUCACCGAGGUUCCUCUUGAACAGAUCCCUGCACAGUAGAGGAGCUACUCAGCUACCUGUAUAAAACCGAAAAUUGCUUUCUGAUUCUUCUCAUAUAUCUCUCACCAAAUGACUCGCACUCAUCUUUAAGUAUGAUUUUUUUUUUCUGCCUUUGUAUUUAGUAUGUAAUAUUUCAUAUACCAUUUUGUAUUGGAUGUGCUCGAUGAUAUUGUUGUUCAUUUAUCAUUAUGUAAAAUUUACAAGUUUUCAUUUUAUUAUUUCAAUUUACUUUUGUCCAUUAUUGAAAUUAUGUCACCAUCAAUUAGGGCCUGCCCUACUAUUAUUAAGUUCUACUUUUUAACUUCUUUUAAUUAAUUCUCUUUAUGCUAUCUUAAAGAAUUUAUUAACAAUUUUUAUAUGAAUAGGAUCUUAACCCUAAUAGGUCUGGGGGCAGUCAUGCCCCUCCUCAACAAUUAGUGCGAUCAUUUCGGAAGAGACAAGGAUAGUGUGGCAAAAUGUUGUGACAAACAUAACAUCUGGAAAAAGAGAAGAAAUUCUUACAAAUUAUUGGGUGUUGAAUAUGCAAAUAAUGUUUUUCAUAAAUAAAUUUGCUUAGUUUAUUAAAAAUGAUGAUACAAUAAGUACUUUUGCAAUUUUUGUAUUUUGUCAAGAUUGUAAUGUAUGUUGAAAAAAGUAUGCAUGCAGAAUUUCAGCAUGAUUUUACAAAUAGCAGCCAAGCUCAGUGGGGAAGGAGCCGUGCAUCAUACCCCCCCUGUUCUUAAUACAUCUCAAAUAGGCCAUUUCUUUUAGGGUUAAACAUGAAUUUUCAGAAAAUCUUUUCUAACGGAAGAAAAGUUAAGAGGGUAUAUAGGAAUGCAGUAAUGGGAAAUAAUGUACUUUUAUUACAGUGUAUAAUUUUUACCACAAGGAGACAUAGAUUGUGGAAAAAAUUUGUAAAAUGUACAAAGUAGAUUUUAUAUUUUAUGAAAGAAAAUGAUUGAUAAUCGUCUUAUUGUUCAUUCUCCUUUUGUUGGAAUAUGCAUAGUUUUGUGUGUAUCCUCCUUAAUUACUAUGAUAAUAAAAAGUCCAUGUACUGAUUAUGCACCAUCAACAGAACUGAUAUUUUUCUAACAAAGAACCAAAGACAGACAUGUAAUAUGUACAUUCAUGAUAAGAAGUUUACCAUAAGUGCUUUCAUUUUAAAUCCUUUUUUUAUAUUUUCAAUAUGAAUUUGCUUUACAUUCUGUUUGUUUUAUUUAAUGGCUGGUCCAUUUAAGA